GUGCAAAACUAUUGGCACGAACAACUUGGCGCACACGCAUAACUAAAACAAGUUGAAGAAGCAGCAGCAGUAGCAGCAGAGAGAGAGCGCAUCCAAUUGGACUGUCAGACGGACGCGCACUUUCUGCUAAUGAAAUCACGUGGCUAAGAAAUAAAAAUAAGUUCAAGCAAAAUAAAUUCUGCAACCCAAAAGCUAAAACAAGUGCAACAAAAAGUGCUCAAAUUCCAAAAAAUAAAUAAUUAUAUUAAUCAAAAGCCUCCCGUGAGCGUGUGAGGUGUGUGCAGCGCCUAUGUGCCAGUGUGUGUAAGUGCUUGUGUGUGUGUGAGCGUGCUGCGUCUGUGUGUGUGCGUGUGAGUGUGUGUGUGUGACUGGGACUAGAGCCAAAGAGUCGUCACAACGUCGUCCGCAAAACCUUCGACAUCAGCCGCUGCUGCUGCCGCCGCCGCCGCUGUCGCCGCAAUCGCCUCCAAGGUUAAAACUCAACUCCAGACAUCCAGGCAAGGUUCGCCACCGCCGCCAGCAGCAGCAGGAGCAGCAGCAGCGGGAGCAGCAGCGGGAGCAACUGCAGCAACAGCAACACGCAGCGGCGUACGCAGCGGCCAUCGGCGUCGCAGUAGCAGCAGUAAUCCAAACGCCGGCAACACGAAAGCGACCAGCGGCAGCGGUGGAGCUGGCUGCGCCGGCGUCGCUGGUGGCGGUGGUGGUGGUGGUGGUGGCGGCGGGGGCGGAGCUGGCGCUACGGCAAACAUUAAGCAGAGCGUCAGUCGGAACAGCAACAUACGGAGCAGCUCCUCCAACAGCACCAUGGCAUCGGCGAAUCAUCGGGGCGGACAUCGCGGUAUCGCCGGCGCCGGCGCUGGCGCUGCCGAUGGCAAUCCGGCUGGUUUACAAUUCGGUUCCGCCUGGUUUCAGCGCAAAAUCAAUCUAAGGCCGCAGCAUCGUGGCGUCCAUUUGGUCACCGAGGAGAUACUUAGACAAAUGCCGGAACUGACGCAAUUCUCUGUGGGAUUAUGUCAUAUGCAAAUACUUCACACCUCGGCGAGUUUAGCGUUAAACGAGAGCUGGGAUCCAGACGUCAGAGACGAUAUGGAAAUGAUGUUGAAUAAAAUAGUUCCCGAAGGUUUGCCCUACAGGCAUUCGUGCGAAGGACCCGACGAUAUGCCCGCACACGUGAAGGCCUGCUUUUUGGGCAGCUCACUGACAAUCCCCAUUACCGAUGGCAAACUCUCGCUGGGCACCUGGCAGGGCGUUUGGCUGUGCGAGCAUCGCGAUCAGGCCGGCAGCCGGAAGUUGGUCAUCACGCUGACCGGCUGUCCGCGCGAACAGGCCGUACGCAGUCCGCUGUCACCCGUCUCGCCGAUUGCUAGCACCUCCAGUUAGGGGCGGCCUCGCUCCACCCGCGACAGCCGGUAAUCGCGGGGGAGCGACAAUAAUGGCAUCAUUUCGUCGAGGAAGUUGAUACUACAAAAGAAUUUAGCUAGAGCCACCGCACAGCAGCGAGCGGCGGUCGUAAUUGCCGCUGGUCGUGGUCUAAUUGGAGCAACUGCAUCCGUUGCGGCGCCGGCGCCACCAGGCGCUGUGUUGCCCAUCGAUACGAAAACGCAACGUUUGCUGUUGCGGCAGCGUUUGCAUUUGAAUUUAAAUUUAAAUGUUAACGAAACGCUGCAGGAUGGCGUUGAUAUUGAUGAUGUUGAUGAGGAUGUCUGCGACGACGACGACGACGAUGAUGAUGACGAUCAGGUGAAGGAUGACAGCGUCGCGGAUGUCGUUGAUGCUCAGGGCAGUGGGCAUCGCCGUGUUGGUGAUAAUAUACAAACCGUCACAACAGUGCCUCAAACCAAACAACAACUAAGACAUAAGAUCACCGCAACAACAACAACAGCAACCAGCUCAUCAACAGCAUCCAAUAGCGCAUUAGCUAAAUUCAAUCGCAUACUCGACUCUGCUAAACUGGAGCCACAUCGCGCCUCAUCCGCGUUCAGCAGCGCCACGCUGCAGCAACGCCUUGCGCUGGCCUAUCCAGAGCUGCAACAACAACAACAACAACAACAACAUCAGCAGCAGCAGGAGCACGAGUUGCGGCAAAUCGACAACCUCCCGCGUGGCAUUGCCGUCGUUAGCACUCCAUUAACAUUGCAAGCACUAGACACUAUAAAAACCAAGACGGCGGCAAUGUUCGAACAGCAACAACAACAGCACGACGCAGCUGAUCAAACGAAACGAAAUGAUGUGCAUUAUUUGUUGAAACAGUUAAAUAGUUUUAGUGAUAUAGAAGAAAUAGAAAUUGUUGAUAUGAAGCAAAGAAAGCAGCCGCAGCCGCAGUCGCAGCAACAACAACAACAGCAGCGACAACAACAGCAACCCUCACAACGCACAAGCAAAGCUGCCGCUGCCUGCUCCAGCUCGCUGGAGCUAAUGCCCAUGUCCCGCUCCAUGUUGCCUUUAGCCUUGGGCUCGCCAUCGACACAGUCGCACAAGGGCAACUUUAUGGAGCAUGCCGGGCUGGGGGGCGACAGCAACAGCUCGACACGGCUGCAAUUCGAUGAUUAUUUAUUCGAAUCGUGCCACUAUUUGGAGACAAACUAUUUUGCCGCUACCUAUCGCACUGCCAUGGUCGAGAGCAGCUCGCACGAGUUCCGGCCCUCGACCGCCACGCCGCCGGCGAGCGUGCGCUCCGACAGCUUCGAGCUGCACGAGCUGCAGCCGUCGAGCGUUAUAUGCAAGGCGGCGGCGCCAGCCAGGCUGGAUGCGGGCUCACCGCCGCCGUAUCAGGCCGAGGUCCGCAUGACCAGCAGCGGCGUCCAGACUGAGCUGACCGUUGAGUCGCUGGCGCAGCUUAGCAACGGCAGCAGCAGCAGCGGGGCCAGUUCAGGCGGCUCGCCGCAUUUGCCGCCGCUUUUCAUAUGCUGCUACACGCCCAUCGAUCGCUGGCGUGCCAGGCGUUUGGGCGCGGCAGCUGCCGCCAAGCGGUCCAAUCCCGAGAAGCACGGCCAUCCCGUCUGACAGUGGAUCCAAAAGUGAAAGCGAAUAUAAAAACUGGCUAAAAGGCAGCUGCGCUGUUUCAUUUGCGAUAUCAACAAGAGAUUCCAUUUCGAAGACAGUCAAUACACAAACUUCGCCCAAUAAUCAUUUUCCAAACAACAACAAUAAGCAGAAAACAUGUACAAUUUUUUAUACACACCCACACACACACAACCAUUCGCACAUUUUUGCAAUACACAACCAGAGAAAAGAGUAAGUACAUUUUGAUAGACUUAAAACUCAAUAGAAAACAAACCAUUUGGAUAUGUUGUAUAAAUAAUGAAAUGAAGAGCAAAUUUAACGCAUAGGUCAUAUUAAUUAAACGGCAAUUGAAUUGUUUCAAUCAAAUAAAAUACAAAAAAACAAAUUGUUAACAAAAAGCGCAAAACUAAACGCCGGCGAUUGUGCGAAACGGAGGAGACAGUGAGAGCUUGUAUAGUAAGUUGUUUAAUAAAUAAUAAAAUAACACAAAAUUAA